AACCAUCAUAUGACAUUCUAUAUGGUGUUUAAAUGCAAAGGGUAAUUUGCAGGUGGUUUUUACAAGAAAUGGCCACGUAAAAUAUAAAAUGCGCGAGUCCUCAAAUAUGUUAGUAAUAAUGUCAUACGUUUUAUACAUUCUUAUUCUACGGUAAUAUUUAUCGAUAUAGUAAAUUAUCAAAAUGGAUUUUUAUUCGCUGGUUCCCGAAGGUAGCGAUGACAAUAAAAUAAUAAGGACCAUAGAAUGGGAUAUGAUGGACAAAACGAAAUUUUUCCCAUUAUCCAUGCUGAGUUCAUUUAGCGUUAGAUGUGCACUUUAUCCUUUAACGUUAAUAAAAACUAGGUUACAAAUUCAAAAGCACAAUGAUUUAUACACGGGUAUAUUUGAUGCCUAUGGUAAAAUAUAUAGGUAUGAAGGAUUUUCUGGUCUAUAUAGGGGAUUUUGGGUAUCUUCUGUACAAAUUGUUAGUGGUGUAUUUUAUAUCUCAACCUAUGAAGGAGUGAGACAUAUUUUACACAAGAAAAAAGUACAUUCUAGUUUAAGAGCCCUUAUAGCUGGAGGAUGCGCUUCAUUAGUUGGUCAAACUAUUAUAGUACCUUUUGAUGUUCUUAGUCAACAUCUAAUGAUGAUGGGAGUUAACGGUAGAGAGGAAAAAGCUUUUAACCAUUUGGGAAUAAAAAUUCAAUCAAAUAAAAGUAAAUUUGCUUUAACAAUAGAUGUAAUGAAACACAUAUUUAAAAUGGAUGGUAUUGCUGGUUUUUAUAGGGGCUAUUGGGCAAGUUUAUCUGCCUAUGUUCCAAACUCAGCUUUAUGGUGGGGAUUCUACCACUUUUAUCAAGACCAAUUAUUUUAUGUACUGCCCAGUUGGUUCUCCCAUCUUCUCCUUCAAAGUAUCUCCGGAACAUUAGGUGGAUUUACUACAACAGUUUUAACGAAUCCAUUAGAUGUAGUUAGAGCAAGGUUACAAGUCCAAAGAAUAGGUUCAAUGCGCACAGCAUUUAGAGAUUUAUGGGUAGAAGAAGGUCUCAAUAUGUUCACCAAAGGUCUAAGUGCAAGACUUAUACAAUCGGCCACGUUUAGUUUUAGUAUAAUAGUUGGUUAUGAAACAAUUAAAAGAAUAUCAGUUAAUGAAGAAUAUAAACAGUUUGUUAAAUGGUGAUAACUAUCUAUUAAUAGUGUAGUUUUAGAUAAUUACCAGGCUGUGUAUCUUCAAAAAUAUACUGUGCCGAAUUUAUUUUAUUGUUAAAUUUGAUUUUAUCUUAUAUUACCAUUAAAUUUAUAGUUUAUUUAUUGAACAUUUGUAUAUAUAAAGUAUUUAUUACAUUAUAAAAUGUUAGAAUUGUUAUUUAUUAAUAAAGUACCUAUUAUCUACUACCA